AUGUCCCUAGAUCCACAGUCUUUGCAAAAGUUGCUCAUUGAGAUGGACAACCAGCUCAACAAAUCAAGAGCUGAGUUGAACAUGUGCAACCUCCAGUUGGAGAGAGUUGAUGCCAAUUUGAAAAUUAUUGAGUCCACUACGUCCAGAUUGAAUAAGCUUACAAGUCCUGGUGACAAGGUUUGGAAAGGUAUUGGUAAGGCAUUUGUUCAAAAUGAUGUUUCCGAGUAUCUUGUCAAGAUUGGUGAAGACAAGAAACAGUUCGCCGAAACAGAAAAGCUGUUAAAAACUAAGAAGCACUACUUGGAAGCUAACUUGGAGAAAACUAUACAGAACAUGACCGAGAUCGUGGGCAAAAAGUGA